AUAAUUGUUUCCAGAAGCGAAAGCUUGUGACUUGAAUCACAUGAAAACAAAACACAGGCUUUCUCAUUGAUCAUGAAAUGGACAAGAGGAGAGAUUGUAGGAUGGGGAAUGAGGAAGAGGGGAUGAGGAAUGUCAAGAAUUGAAAACAAAAAAAAGAUAUGCUUGGGGCUGCUCAGAAAAGGCUUUGUGACUUUAACGUUGCAGAGGGAGGUUUCCAUCUUGGCUCGCCUGCAGCCAAGAGGGUGGAGCCCAUCCUGCCUCCACAAUAGUUUCCAGCUGUGCCGAUUACGUGUCUGGGCACAGUGGUCUGCAAUUGCCUUUGGCAGCUGCGUUGUUUUUGCAGCACACACCCAGCAGCUCUGCUCUUUUCAGAAGCCAUCGGAGUCGGUGGAAGACAUUUGAGUUUCUCUGAACCUUCACCAUGUUCCUAGCUCAGGCUCUGCUGGAUGCUGCCACCGGUGGUGGGUCUGGGUCUUCUGGAAGCGGGGGCAGUGCUAUGGCUGCUGCUGGGGGGGCUCUCAUGAGAAGCCUUGGAGGGGGCAGCGGAGGCGGCAAGAGUGCAGGUGGUGCCCUCCUUAAAAGCAUCGGAGGGGCUGGCGGUGGUGGUGGGGCCGGCGGGGCCUUGAUGAAAGGCCUUGGAGGACUCUUGUCAGGAGGCGGAGGUGGCGGUGGUGGGAAAGCAGGAAAUGUCAUGGGGCUCAUUGGAGGCCUUGUGAACAUCAUCAGUGAAGCAGCAGCUCAGUACACCCCUCAGCCGCCCCCACCAUCCCGAAGCCAUUUUGCCAACGUGGAGGCCAAUGAGAGCGAGGAGCUUCGCCAGUUCCGGCGGCUCUUCGCCCAACUGGCCGGUGAUGACAUGGCAGUGUGUCCCACUGAACUGAUGAACAUCCUGAACAAGGUGAUGGCCCGCCACCAAGACCUGAAGUCAGAAGGUUUCAGCCUGGACACUUGUCGGAGCAUGGUGUCGGUCAUGGACAGUGACACCACGGGCAGGCUGGAUUUCUACCAGUUCCAUUACUUGUGGAACAACAUCAAGAAGUGGCAGAGCGUCUACAAACAGCAUGUCUCGCAACCCUCGGGGACCAUCGAGAUGGCACGGCUUCCCGCUGCUUUCAAGGCCGCAGGUUUCAACCUGCAUGAGCAGCUCUAUGUAUUGAUGAUCCGCCGGUAUGCCAAUGAAGAUGGCACCAUGGAUUUCAACAACUUCAUCAGCUGUCUCGUACGUAUGGAUGGCAUGUUCCGCGCCUUCAAAGCCCUGGACAGAGAUGGAGAUGGGAAAGUCCAGAUGAAUCUCCAAGACUGGCUUCAACUAACUAUGUACUCCUGAACUGAAUUUAUCGGAGAGGGAAGAAUGAAUAGAAGGCUAUGCUGCUUAUUUCACUUUGAGGAUUGUUGCAAGUGAUAUUGUUUUAGCUAAAUGCUCUUUUCAAGAAGCAAGGCCAACUCCCUGGCUUUUGCUACAUUUUUAGAUUGCUUUGCUGGGGAGGCAGGGAGUUGUAAAACUGUUCUAGCACGUCUUAGCAUUUCUUCUUGGAGCUUUCUCUCUGCAGUAUGUGCCCAAUAGCUGGAUAUUCCUUCCUUGGAGUAUGGAACCAGGGGAAAGUUAGCACGUAUAUAUUUUGUAGCUACAUCUCUUUAUCAUUUCAGGGACAUAUUUAUGAUUUUGUGUGCAUGCCUGGCCUAUGCGAUUGUGUACAAUUAAGUAUAUGUAUUAGAAUUGUCAAAGCCAUGUUGAAAAUUGUUGAGCACAUGGGCAAAAUGCAGUCAAAGGACAUCUCAGACCCUUUACAACUUCCUGGAUUGCCUACUCCCCCAAAGCUGUCUUGACCAUUCAUCUUUUAUAUAAGUUGCCGGCUUGCAGCUUGCAGGCAUCACACUGCUUAAAAUAAAAAAGAUCCAUUUAUUUAAAAAAACAUAACAAGACAGAAGUGGAUUUGUUGUCCAUUUAUGGGAUCUGUUGUUAUUUUGGCAGACUGUGAGGCCCUGGGACCAUGCCAGGAGUCCCUGACUAAGGAUGUUAUUCUUCACUAAGGCAGCUGGUGCACUCCAGAAAUAAAGCAGUUUGACACUACCUUAGCUGCCAUGACUCAGUGCUGUGGGAUACUGGGAUUUGUAGUUCUGUGAGAUAUUCAGCCUUCCCUGUCGGAUUGCUCUGGUGCCCCCACCACGCUACAAAUCCCAGAUUUCCAUAGCAGUUAUAGCAAUUAAAGUGGUAUCUGACGUCUUUUUCUGCAGUGUGGCAGCACUCCAAAUUUCAUCUUGAAGGAUUCAAGAAGUAAUUUUAACAGCCUUCUUCCCAUUUCAAGAAGCUCUUUGAAAAACCACACCGUUUACAAAGCCUAUUCGCAGUUCAGGGUUUAUUGUGCACAAAAUUCACAUGUGGUUGUUUUGCAUAGAAAAUAGCAACACUUUCCAUCUAGGAUACAGCAUCUUGUGCUGGAAAUAAUAUUCCAAGGCAGAAAUAUUAUUUCCUGCACAGAAAAUGCUGGGGGUUUUUUUGCAAAAAAAAAACCCCACAACGCAACAACCAUGUGGUUGAAACCUCAGCUCCUAGAGCCCACUUGGGUCUUUCCAAGCACCCAGUUGGGCCCACUGGAGAUUCCUAAUCUUCUGUUUUCCCAAUUUUUGUAUGUGUUUUUUUCCCUUUCCUAAAAAAUUAAGCUGCCUUUCCAAGGGUGGGUAGAGCAAAAACUACCCUGGCAGUUUUGGGUUGCAUUCUUUGAUUGCAUUCUUUGGCUGUGGGCCUCACCCAUCACUGGAAUGCAGCCCUGAGAACUUCUCUGAUAUUAAAUUCAGCUCUUCUGAUGGCACAAAUUCCCCACCCUUGCUUGACAAAGAAGGAUGAGAUUUCUUUCCACUUUCGUACUUACUUUGUCCCUUUCUAGAUACUCGCUCCAGGUUUUUUAAGAGCUUGAGUAGAACAGUUAGUUGUCUCUUCUUCUUAUCAAUCCUCCCCCGUCUCCUCAAUUUGCCAGCUGUGCAUUUUGUAAGUCCUGCAAACUCACAGAUCCUUUUUCUGGGUGUUCUGUUUCCUAAAUGUUUUGUAUCAGAUUUCAAGUUUGUAUACUUGUGUAUUUAGGGAUCCUUUAUUUUAGGGUGCCUCUGUUUCACUUAGGUAUGGAAAGAAAUUUUCCUGGACUAGCCAGUCUUGACAACAGGUCCAAUUUCACACCUCUUGAGAUUUAUCGCAGGAAAAUGUGCACAGCAUCUCCAACAUUUGCAAUACUAUUGGCACAUUUCUUUUUCAAGAAAUAAGGUGCACACCAAUCAAUGCACAUAUUUUGAAAUGUGCACAGCUAAAACAUGCAUAAUUAAACAACACAUGCAACCAAAAUGUUUUCAACAUCACUUCCAGCCACUAUUCUGGGCAAUUUGGGGCUUUUUAGGGGGACAAUUAGGGUCUCUCUGGGGCAUUAGGAGAAGCAAAAUCCCAAAUGUUCAGAAGGUUUCAGUGGCUUUCAGCUCUUUUUGGCAAAAAAAUUAUCCCCAAAGCAAUCCGAAUAAAGAAAAUAAAUGUGGUCUGGGGACUUUGGGAGUCUUCAUGGUUGCGCUUAGGGAUUCUCAAAGGCUGUGUGCUUCUUCUGGGCCUAAAAUGGCUUGGGGAACACACUUUGCCAACCCCUGUACAAAUUGAAUAAGAGAUAUUCUGCCUUUUUCUUUGGUAUUAAACAGCAUUCUGUUUUAACCUCAGGGCAUGUUUGAAUUUCAAGCAAGCCCAAGCAAAAGAAAUAAAAAUAAAAAUUGAUCUUCUCUUUGUUUCAAAGCAUGAAUGUGCAAAGGAGGGGGAAAUAAACUCAGAUCCUAACAAAUUGAAAUUGCUGUCAUUUCUUUGAUCAGGUUGUAGCUUGGCAUGGUUGGCUGUGGGGGAAGGAGAAACAUAUUUUGCAUUGAUCAACUUGAAAACGGCUGAAGUGUUUGCAAAAUAAAUCCUGCAAAAUGCCUACAGAAGGGGUAAACUGAACUCUGUUAGAGCCCUGAGGGAUAAUGUACUCCUUCCACAAGCUUAAAUUAAUACUCCUUGCAGCUAAAAAAAGAACUAGCACAGCAGACUGGGACAUAUCCUCUCUUUCUGCCCUCUGAAUUUUGGAUUUGCACAUCCCCAGUGCUUGGAUUACAACACCCCUGCUGGCUGGGAGAAGCUGAAAUCGUACUCCCAAAAAGUUACUUUUUGUGGCUCUGGAUUUGAUACUGAGGAACAUUCAAACAUUUCAUCUCCUCCUAUAGCUCAGAUUGGUGCCAUCCAUUUGCUUGUCUACUUCUGCUGUGUGUGACUAACAAAGAGAGCAUUAGGUGUCGAUAAAUGGAGGGUACUGGGGUAAUCGAUAGUGAAUGAAACCCCUACUUAUAGACAUGGGAAACUGAUGAAUAUUAGGUGACUGCAUUUAGCUUCCCAGGAGAGCUGUAUUGUCAACUUUGAGCAUGGUGUAAAUGGUU